ACUCAACAUGGCGGCUGCACGUGGGAGAAGUGGAAGUGGGCAAAGCCUGGAAGAUCUCUUGGGUAACGAAGGCACAACAGCUACUUUCGUUUUCAACGCUAUUAUGACCGCAGCAGCUCAGCCACUAACAUGUGUUCGACUUCUGGUGCAGGUUGGACAUGAACCUAUUUCUCCAACUGAGUUCACAACAUUUUACCAGUAUGCAUGUCAUGUAAAGAAGAUAAAUGGAUGGCAUGGACUCUACAGAGGAUUGUUGCCAAGAUUCCAACCCUACAGAUUCUCUAUUUGAAAGAAGGAAGGAAGGAAGGUAUUCCAAGGCCUUAAUGCCAUCACUGAGCAAUAUCUUUUCAAACUAAGGAAGGAGAAAGGGAUAAAUGUUCCAAGAGGGUGUUACCAUGCAGUGAUGACAACAGAAAAAAGGUUAAUUUUGAUUAAUGGAGGCAGGUAAGGAUGGGUAGGUUGAGACAAAGAUUUUUCAUUACAAGUGGGAUAGAGCCUUGGAAUUUUGGACCAAGUAGACCACAGAACUGAUGCGGCAAGUAUCUUAAAGCAAGUUGAUAGUGAUGGAUGGGUCUUAUUGAGCAUUACAAAACAGCAUCACUAUGGAAUGUGGAGAGACUGGAAAUGGAGGCAACUUGAGGAGAAAGACUUUUUGUAAUUUUAAAUAAAAUCAGUAAAGGAAAGCUAUUUGGCACAGUGUAAUACUAAUAAUUAAAUACCUAACAGGUCAUGCGUUCACUCUAACAGUUUCAAUUGGGUUUUGAAGCAUGCCUAAUUCAAGUUAUAUCCAAAAUUCCGCAGCUCCAAAUUGUGAAUACAGUACCUAGACAUGGCCAGAGAACAUCAAUAGAGAAUGUGACCUCUUAAGCAUGUUCACAUCAGACCCAUGAAUUUGUCCACAAAACCUCCUUUGGAGUUGUUUAGUUCCAGAGUUUCAUAUCCGGUGCAUUUCCAGAGCAAUAAAAUUUUAAAAAAUGACACAAACAUUUAAAUUGCAAAGAAUUUAUUUGAAAUCUUUAUGUUUACAGCAACUCAUAUAAAAAAGAAAUCUUACCAACCAUUAUGAGUGAAUGGGUGAAUAAAAUAGCCUUGACUCCUCGAUCUGGUGUCAACUGCUUUAUUUUAUUCAAAAGUAUAUAAGGGCAAAUUUGAAGGACAGAGUUACUUUCUGUAAUCUGUCAAAUAGUAUUGAACAGUUAGAGCCAAAUAGUUGCAAGUGAGUAAAAGGAUAGAAUGGAUUUAUUGUAUAUUAGUGCAGUGUAGUCUACUUUAUAUUUCACAAAUUCCAAAAAUCAGUAUUUUACCUGAAGUUAUUUACUUGAAUUAUUUGUACUGAAGAUGUUUAUUUCCAUGGAGUGUUGCAUGUUCAAGUACAACUGAAGGAGUUUUUUUUUAACUACCCAUUUGUUUGUUAGAUGAGCAAUUUAAGCCUGAAUUUUGAGUUAGAUUAAUUACGGUUUGCACAUGUGGUUAGAAAAAAUAUUUAGCACCAAUCACUCCUGCUUAAAUGACACAAAAAAAGUGUUUAUUUGUUCCAAACACGUACAGUGUAUCCUAUUUAUCAAGAUGAUUUUGUCAACAAAAGAUAUCAUAGCAGGAAAAAGGUAACCAAAAUUUAUAUGAAACAUUAAAAAAGGAACAACUAGAGUGAUUUUACUCAACCCAUGAAACAGUAUGUAAACAAACCUGUAUGACACCAGCAUGCAUGUUUGAUUGUUGGUUCUCCCCAUGUUGUGUGUGGAAAACAUGACA